ACAGAACAUAUUCCGGAAGAGAAUUUACACCAAUCACAACAUCUUAUCAAAUAUGGCGUCCAUCAUGACCAGCAAAUAUUUACCGGCAGUUUCCGCAGAGACUACUGGCUUUUCAGGAAGACCUGACUGGCUUACGUCUGAAUUGUCAACAGGGACAACAAUUGCUGCUAUAGAGUUUGAUGGAGGUGUUAUCAUCGGUGCUGAUUCCAGAACUACUUCUGGAGCAUAUAUUGCAAAUCGUGUUACAGACAAACUCACUAAAGUUACCGACUACAUAUACUGUUGUCGAUCAGGAUCAGCUGCCGACACCCAGGCUGUUGCUGAUAUUGUGAACUACCAUCUCAACUUUUACAAAAUGGAGAUGGGUGAGGAACCUUUAGUAAAGACAGCAGCAAGUACAUUUAGAAAUCUAUGUUACAACAGCCGUGAUAGUCUGUCAGCUGGUAUUCUCGUGGCUGGAUGGGAUAAACGUAAUGGUGGACAGGUAUACACAAUUCCUCUUGGAGGAAUGUGGACACGAAUGCCAGUGGCUAUUGGCGGGUCUGGGAGUACAUAUCUCUAUGGUUACGUAGAUGCUAAUUAUAAGCCAGGAAUGGGCAAAGAUGAAUGUCUACAGUUUAUUGCUAAUGCAAUCUCACUGGCUAUCAACAGAGAUGGAAGUUCUGGUGGCGUAAUUAGACUGGCUUGCAUUACGAAAGAUGGAGUCGAGAGACACGUGCUCACUGGGGAUCAACUACCAAAAUUCUAUGAGGAUUCUUAGUGUACAUUUAGUGACUUUUUUUGUGAAAUCUGCUUCUCAUUUUGACUGUCUGUAUAUGUGGUUUUGCAUCCAUAGUACUUCUAUAAAUGAUUCUUGUGAUGAAGUUUAUUCUGAAAAAUUUAACUAGGCAGGUUCUGUGUCAUGGAUCCAUUGCAUCAGGAUUUUUACAUGUUAACUACAGAUUCAGUAAAAGUGAUGCUUCAGUACAUUGCCAUGAAAAUCUGUAAAAUUUGAGUAUUCUCCCAGUCUAUUUCUUAGUUUAUAUGCAGUUCAGAGAAAAGACUUAUGUGCACACGAGUAAAACAUGGAACUCCCUUUAUUUUUUUUCAAACCAGCUAUCAUUUGAAAUUUUGACAUUUAAAUGUUACUGAAAUCAGUUUCUUAGAUAUAUUAAAUUACUGUCAGUUUGAUUGAAAAGAUGAAUGCGUAUGUUGAAAAUAGAUUUUCAAACAUUU